AUGAAAGAAGGCUCCUUUACCACUGCUGCCCCUUCUGGUAGUCCUGACUCCGCACUUGCACCAUCUGCUGCUCAUUUUGCAAGCACUCUGCUGCUUGAUGAGCCAUGUAAUUCGGAUUCUCGAUGUGUGACGGAAGGAGAGAUGGCCGCUACGGCAAAAUCGAUAGCAAUCAUGCCUGAAUUGAGUCCUCAGGUUGAAUCUCUUCUAUAUGGGCCUCAACCAGGCGGUACCAUCAGCCAAGAUAAGUUUCUUGCAUCAAAUGUUCGACACUCGCACUCCGUUACAGCUCAUUUACUGGAUGAUGCUCCUGUAAGUUAG